AUGCGACGAUCGGCGGCAGAAGCGACGGCCACGGGUGAUGGCCACGGCACCAGCAGCGGUUCUGCUUCUGCUACUGGUUGUGGUGAUGCUGAUGAUUUCGGGGAGGUGGAAGAAGGCGAGGGGGACGAUGGAGAGCCGAGCCUAUGGUCGGCAUUGGCGUUUGCAUGGGGGCGACGAGCUGUUCUCCUCUUCUCCACCCCCUCUCCUCCCCGUCUCCUCCUCUUCUCCACCCCCUCUCCUCCCCGUCUCCUCUUCUCCUCCCUUUUCUCCUCCCGUCUCCUGCCCCUCUCCUUUCCCUCUCCUCCCCCCUCUCCUCCCCUCACUCUCCUCCUCUCCUCCUCCGUCCAGAUUCAAGCAUCACAGUUUGAGUUCAUAGCUUUGAUGCCAUUCACCAAGGGAGCCGAGCUCUUCACGUCGUACGGCCCCAAGGUGAACGAGGAGCUGCUGCUGGGCUACGGCUUCGUGCUGGACGGAAACAAGCAGGAGAACGUGCUGCUCUUCCGCACGCUGCUAGAUGCAGUGAACCUGGUCGCCCUCGUCCUGCACCGCGACGCCGCCCGCCCCGGCGAGUGGGUGGUAGGCCUGGGUGGCUUGGGUGGGGCGACUGAGAAGGGCGGCAAGACAGGGGAGGCUAGGGAUGUGAGUGAGUGCCACGAAGGGAUUGAGGGAGAGGGAGAGGAAGAGGAGGAGGGGAAGAAACGGACAUGUGCAGCGAAAUACGGGGAUGAGGCUGUGGAAGGUGGUGGUGCGGUUGUGAGUGCAGAGGCGGGCAGCAAAGGGGAUAUGGAGCUGAAGCAGGGCUUGGCACGCAUCUGGGGAGAAGGGCUGGGUGACUGGCUGGUCAACGAGGGUGCUGAUGGUGAUGCGGAUGGUGAUGAUGAUGAUGAUGAUGAUGAUGAUGAUGAUGAUGAUGAUGAUGAUGAUGAUGAUGAUGAUGAUGAUGAUGAUGAUGAUGAUGAUGAUGAUGAUGAUGAUGAUGAUGAUGAUGAUGAUGAUGAUGAUGAUGAUGAUGGUUAUGGUUAUGACUGCGAGGAGGACAACGAUGAGGAGGAUGAUGAUGAAGAAGCCGCCGGGAGCAGGUGGGGCAAAAGCAAAGUGCAGGAGCGAGGGAAGAAGCGGAAGAACAGCAACAGAAACAAGCACAAAAACAAGAAAAAGAGCAAGGGGAAGAGCAAGAGCGGCAGCAGGCAUGGAAAGCAGAAGCAGAAGAAGAGCAAGAAGCAGCAGCAAUCAGACUCCCCAACAGCCAAGCUUCUGCGAGUGCGGCAGGCGCUCUGGCGGGUGGCAGCCAAGGCAGUAGAAGCAAUCGCCAGGGAGCACGCCAAGGCAGAGAAGCAGUUCGUGCACGUGGGAGCCAUGCCUCAGUACUUGGCUCGGCAGGAGAUCAGGAGGGAGAGCGAGGCAGACGAGGUGAAUGGCGGAGUGGAGGUGCUGGCAGGGAAAUACAAAGACCCGAGUUUUGGCGUGUCCGUGUGGCGUGGGGGGAUUGUGGAGCCGAAUCUCAUGGCGGUGUUUGCUGCUGUGUGGUACUACCUCAAGCACCAUUCAGUUAGGAGUAGCAGCAGGGGGUUGGAGGGAGAGAGCGAGGCGGACGAGGUGAAUGGUGGGCUGGAGGUGCUGGCAGGGAAGUACAAGGACCCGAGUUUUGCCGUGUCCGUGUGGAGAGGUGGGAUCGUGGAGCCGAACCUGAUGGCGGUUUUUUCUGCUGUGUGGUACUAUCUCAUGCACCAGUCAGAGCCCCCGGCCGACAUGGCCAGUUCAGUGCUUUACCUGGGGUGGGCCGUGAGCAACAGUGGCUGUCGGGACCCACAUGUUGAUAGCCAAAUCAUGCAUUCACCCCUUACUCUUUCUCUGCUCUCUCCCCUCCCUCCGUCAGAGCCCCCAUCGGACAUGGCCAAGUCAGUGCUGUAUCUGGGCUGGGGAGUGAGCAACAGCGGCUGUAGGGACGUGGCCUCUCCCUUCUCCAACGUGCUGCCCGCCCUGCAAGCAGCGGCUGACACCGUUCGUCUGCUAGCGCAGGCGCGGCUGCAGCAGAUGCCGACCAGCAUAGAAGAGGACGAAGCGAUCCUGAGGGAGCUGGAGCGGUGCAAGAGCGGCGGGAAGAUGGGGGCGGGUGGUGGGGAGGGGGUGAAGGGUGGGAAACUGGGGAAGGAAGGAAAGAAGAAGCCAGCACAGAGCAAGCAGCAGCAGAAGGCGAAGCUGACGAGCCUGGAGGAGGAAGUUUCCGCAAAGCGACUCAGCCGGCGCCGGCGCCGGCGUGCUGUUAGCGAGGGGAGGAUCAGCGAUGACUACAGCGAUGAUGACAACAACGAGGGUGACAACACCGAGGAGGAAACGGACCUAGAGCUCGGGAGCAGGAGCGAUGAAGAGGAGGCGAUAGAUUGUGAUGCGUGGGCGCGAGAGCGGGCCAGUGGGGAGAGCGAGGAGGAAGGCGGCGGGUCGGAGAGCGGGAAUGGCAGCGGCGGUAGUAGUGGGGGUGCGAAGAGGCUUACUGUGAUGCGGGUGCGGUGUGGGUGUGAGGAGUUUAGGGCGGAGGCGGAUGAGCGGAUGGUGGCGGUGCGGUUCCGGAAGGCCAAGAAGGCGGUGCUGAAAGAAGUGGUGGACCGGCUCAGAAAGGCGUGCCCUUCCUCCCCCACUGCUUUCCUCUGA